AACCGCAGUUACGUUUACCGAGGGUGGCGCAACUUUCUGCGGUCGUUUCAACAAUGAAAAGCCGAAACGACUGAUUGAAAUGGCGUUCCUGGAUACCAAGGUGAAGCACCUAAAACCGGAAAACUUGUUUUUAAUGUUUGAACGUCUAAAAACUGGUUAAAAUGGAGUUUAGAUGCGGUGGGUUGCUCUUUACUUCCAAAUUUGACUCCGGAAAUCUCGCUAAAGUUGAAAAAGCUGAUCAUUCGGACAGUGACAGCGACAGUGGCAACGGAAUCACGCUGUACGGAUGUACAUUAAAUCCUGAUUAUGAGUUUAAUAUUUGGACGAAACCAGAUUGCGCUGGAACAGCUUACGAGAACGGAAAUCGAUCUUGGUUUUAUUUUGGGAUCCGUGGUUAUGCACCAAACAAACUGAUUAAAUUGAAUAUUGUGAAUCUCAACAGACAGGGCAAACUGUACAGCCAAGGAAUGUCGCCCCUGGUAAAAACAGUCCCUUCCAAACCUCGCUGGGAAAGAAUUCGUGAUCGGCCGACGCACCAAGUGGUUGACGGGCAGUUCAUGUUGUCAUUCACACACAGAUUCUCUGAGAACCGAGGUGGAACGACGUACUUUGCUUUCUGUUACCCAUAUACAUAUACAGAAUGUCAAGAAGCAUUGGAGGCUUUGGACCAGAAGUUUUCCCACUGUGUCAACCUUAAACCAAAGGAGGGCGGUGAUAGUGAUAUUUAUUACCAUCGUGAGUUGGCGUGUAAGUCAAUCGACCAGCGUAGGAUCGACCUUAUAACGAUCACUUCAUGUAAGAACAUGUUAUGGAAUCGCGAGCCAAGAAUCGAGAAAUUGUUUCCUGAUAAAGCAACACCAAGAUGUCACAGGUUCCACAGCAAAAGAGUUUAUUUCCUAAGCAGUCGAGUCCAUCCGGGUGAAACUCCCGCCAGCUUCGUGUUUAACGGGUUCCUUAAAUUUAUUCUCAAAGAAAACGAUCCAAGAGCUGAACAACUAAGGCAAAGAUUCAUCUUCAAAUUAAUCCCCAUGUUGAACCCUGAUGGGGUGUACAGGGGUCACUACCGUACCGAUCAAAAGGGGGUCAAUUUAAACCGGGUGUAUUUGAACCCUGACCCCGAAAACCAUGCGUCAAUAUUCGCUGCGAGUUCGCUUAUUUUGUUCUACCAUCAUUAUUAUAAAACCACCAACCUGGUUGAGUCUGAGGAAAAAGGAGUAACGUGGGUGAAAGGGGGUGAUUCCCCUGUGGAAAAGGGGGCUGAGGAAAGGCUGGGGUUGGGGGAUUAUAUCGAAUCGUUCGAUAAACUUGAACUUAAGGUUGACGGGCACAAGAAGGAUGUGCUCGGCCACAAACACCCGAGGAUGGUGAAGGAAACCCCAUAUAGACCUUUCACGGGUGACUUGUUGAGUGUGGGCCCUCGUGAAAGUGGGGUGGCAUUCUAUGUUGAUCUGCACGGACAUGCUUCGAAACGUGGUUGUUUCAUAUACGGGAACCAUAUUGAAUCGGAGGAUGGACAGGUCGACAACCUUCUCUUCCCAAAGUUAGUCUCGAUGAACACGGCUCACUUUGAUUUCAACGGAUGCAACUUCACGGAGCGUAACAUGUACCUCAAGGAUAAGCGAGAUGGAAUGUCAAAGGAGGGGAGCGGGAGGGUGGCCAUGUUUAAGCUUGCAGGCCUCAUACACAGCUAUACACUUGAAUGUAAUUACAACACGGGACGCACGGUUAACUGCGUUGCGCAAGCAAGCCACGAUAACGGGAGGGCAACACCACCCCCACCUGCUGGUUUCCCACCCAAAUACACACCUGAAAUAUUUGAAGAAGUUGGUCGAGCCCUUGGUGUAGCCGCCCUUGAUAUGCUACAAGCCAAUCCAUGGUCGAGGAUAUUACAUUCAGAGUUUGCGUCAUACGAGAAUCUGCGACUAUGGAUGUUAAGAUAUGUUAGAAGUUCACGUGGAAAUCCCAUCUUACCCCGAAAGAUGGGACGCAUUAGCACGAGGGUGGCUGCAAAUACAAGUGGAGUGGGGAAUGGUGGUAAUGGUACCACAAGCAACAAUAAUAACAACAACAACAACAACGGCAACAACAGUUUAAGAACGGGUCGUUCCAAUACUGACGUCACCAAACCCAUUGUGGCGUCAUCAGGUUACGGACGACAAACCAACCGGAACACAAUCCAAUCAACAAACCGGUUGGUUCCGGUUAAAACCAGUUCCUCCACCACUUUAUCUGUGCGAGCUGUCGUACAAAACGGACCAACAAGGUCCGAUGUCAUGCGUAGACAAAAGAAUCUGAUUCGCGCCGCUGUGAACGGAAGUACCAAGAACUCAUUAUCGUCAUUGUCCGUGAGCCAGAUGCAUUCUUUUCACGCUCAUGAUGAUCUGACUCACGAUAAUUCACGGGAGGAAUCUCAUGUGACUUUGAGCUUCACAAACGCAGGGGUUCACCAGAAAUCCCAUGGUUUGUACCAAACCUCACGAUCGAACCCAGAACCCGGGUUUUCCAACUCACCCUCGAGCAUAUUUGGCCCGGGAAGCAACUCUGACUCGGAGUUAUUUCGAGGUAGCCUCACCGAAACACCCAUCAGUAGAGAAAUCAACUUCAGCCCGAUGUUACCCGACUUUUACGGGUUGACCGAAGAACCCCAUGAAGCUAAAUUACCCCCGCCCCCUAAAUCGAUCAUCUGGAACAAAUCUAAAGCCCCCUCUCGAGCCCCGAGGGGUAAAGACAUCAUCAGCCCCCAUAUCAGCAAGCCCCCGUCAGUACAUAGGGGUAGGAGCCCCCAUAAUACCCAACCCCCUUUAAUAGGGGUUCCUAGCACCCACAAAGUAGUUGUUGGACCAGGAGGGGUGGUAACUAUCCCCACAACCCCAUCAAAACCCCGCUAUUACACCCAAGACAACCAAUCUUUAUUCACCAACUCGAUCUACUUAAACAACCCCCCUUCAAUGUCAGUCCAACCACUCAGCGUUUCACAAAAACCCAUCUUCCUUCCAGUAGAGCGCUGCCGACUUACCCCCACCAAACGGGGACUUUCCUGUUAAGAAACCACUAAGUAUAAGCAGAAGAAGCGGGAAAUCUGGGAAGAAGAAACCGACGGCUCGUUCUGACCAGCGGGUGGCGCCAAAGCCAAUCUCAUCAGCUUCGAAAAAAAAAUUCAAAUCGAAGCUCCCGAAAAGAUUGGAAACCUUAAACCCCAAACCCUCCCAUACUGAGGUAUCAGGUGAAGGCAUCAAGCUCUCCCCACGCUCGCAGAAGUCGCCCGUGUUCUUCAACGGGGACGGGGCGCCGUCUAACGGACACCUCGAGGGAAGUUUCAACAAACUGGACGCCGAGAUCGCAGUUGUGUCCAAGGAAACGAUGUCUUACAAACUUUUCUUUGACAACGACCAUGUUCCAUCAGAAUAAUAACGUCAUCAGAAGUGACGUCAUCCCAGGUGGCACCAUUAAAAGUGACGUCUUAAGAUUAAACCAAUGAGUUGACUCAAAAUAAAAGCUGCUUGUAAUAUUCCAAUGUUUCAAAAUUAAACAUCCCGUGUGACGUAACAGACCUUGUUACGUAUGACGUCAUAAUACCCUUUGCAUAAAAUUUAUUUUCAAACGUUUUUCUAGAUUUAGUGCUUGUUAGUUCACUGUGUUUUAUGUAUAUCCAUAUUAUAUUUUAAUAAAAACAAACACCUUUCUGCA